AUGGAACCAGACGCCGUCCUCAACCUCUGGAGGGAACUGGUGGAAGUGAUCGAGAGCCAAUUGACAUUUCUGGUGACGGAAUCAGCAUACAGGUGCCAGCUAAUUUGGGCUCCAACAUACCCCGCCCUGACUAUUGCGUUUAUCACAACGUUCGCCAUUAGGGUAGCGCGGUGGCAUCCUACGCUGAUCAACCGACGCCUAGUCCUGCAACGUGUCCGGCAGAUCCUCGAAUACCUCAAACAGCCGCCCUACCCGGACAUUCACAGAACAGUCCAGAUAUUCGUCAACUAUGCUGGAGCGCUUCUCACGGAACAGGAUUUAUGUAACAACGACAGCAGUAACCCGCAGCACGGUGCUGCAGCGCCGUUGAGGACCCCAGAGAUUGAUAGCGCAUCCACAUCGGACUUCAACCAGACAGGCGCUGGACCCUCUUCUGAGAACCCGAUGCUCCGGGUGGAGAAGGAGGCCGAUCUGACCGCUUCUUCAGCUGCAGAGCCUAGGCCUGAGCCUGUCCUGCCCAGACUUCUGGGCUACGAUAUCCCGAACUGGAACCUGACGGCGCCGAUAGCCGAUUCGUUCGACCUGUUCGAGGAAGGCCAGACAGACAUCUUUGACUUUCUGCCUGACCUGUGCCGGACUUGA